CGAGGAGCGCAGGCACCGCCGGUUGUGUGUCAGAGGGCCGCAGCGCGCUGCAGAUGAAGCAUGGCAGGCGACAGCGAGACAAAGCCAGGUGACCAAGCCGAAAAUGAGACCGUUAACCGGCAGCCUUUCCUCAUCGGUGUGGCCGGAGGCACAGCCAGCGGCAAGUCGUCGGUGUGCGGCAAGAUCAUGGAGCUGCUGGGCCAGAACGAGAUCGACCACCACCAGCGGCAAGUGGCCAUCCUCAGCCAAGACAGCUUCUACAGGGUCCUCACCCCAGAGCAGAAGGCCAAGGCACUCAAGGGCCAGUUCAACUUUGACCACCCAGAUGCUUUCGACAACGAUCUCAUAAUCGCGACUCUGUGGGACAUCAAGGAGGGAAAAACCGUCCACAUCCCUGUUUAUGACUUUGUUUCCCAUUCCAGGAAGGAAGAGACAGUGACGGUGUACCCUGCUGACGUGGUGCUGUUCGAGGGCAUCCUGAUGUUUUACUCUCAGGAGAUCAGGGACCUUUUUCAGAUGAAGCUGUUUGUGGACACUGACGCAGACACACGUCUGUCUCGAAGAGUGCUGCGGGAUAUAAGUGACCGUGGACGGGACCUGGAAAGCGUUCUAGCACAGUACAUCAUGUUUGUCAAGCCUGCGUUUGAGGAGUUCUGCCUGCCAACGAAGAAAUAUGCUGAUGUGAUCAUACCGAGAGGAGUUGACAAUCUCGUUGCGAUAAAUCUCAUAGUUCAGCACAUCCAGGACAUCUUAAACGGCGGUUUGACCAAACGGCUGAACGGUUGGUUUAACGGCUGUGCAACUGCAAAGAAGCAGCCAAACAUGGAGUCAAGCAGUCGGCCCCACUGAGCGCAGCACUCCCCGGAGACGAAAGACGGUUCACCUGUACGUGCCGAACAGGCUCUGCGCUGUGGCUAACAAAGCAAGAGUAAAGCCAGGAAAUCAAAAGGCCUCUUUUUGAUAUGAUUCAGUUUGGACUGAAGGGGAACCAUCUGUUUGUGGAUCUGGUUUAAAGGUUGUGUUCAGUUAUAUUUUCCUCUGUAGCUUGUGUACUGUAUGAGAUGGAAGAGGGAGAAAAACAAAGGGGCUAACUUGUAAUUUAAUUUCAAACUGCUGCUUGCCUUUACCACCGCACUGAAGCUAACUACAGAAGCAGUUAUGGUGUCUAAAACACACUUGAUAGCCUUUAACCAUACAAUAAACGCAGUGUAGCAACACGCUGUUCAAUGGCAGGGCCUUACCCAAACUCACUACCGUUAAGGUGACUAAUUCCCUUUAUCAAUGCAACUUCUUCUUUUGUUUCCAGGCUCAGUGUAAAGCAUUUUUUGACUUGUAUGAAUAGAUUUUCAAAACGAUGUACUAAUGGAUCAAGACUUUGGAUAUUUGCGUCAUGUCGCCCUGAGCUGCACUUGCUUUGUCUUGUCUAAACCUAAACUGAAUCAGUCAAAUUAAAACAACCGAUUCCCACCUCAAACCAUUAGAUGUACAACAUCACCAAAGAUCACUUUCUGUAAUGUCUUUGUGGACUAAUUAUGUUUAUUUUUAUUUCAGUGUGACACUGACGUUACUUUAACUAAUUCAUUCAGAUGUUGCUAAGAGAAAGAACUGUUUAUGUUGCUCUAGAUUACCACAAAGUAUUGAUUUCCUUUGAGUCCCAUGAACUUGAAUCCUCAGAUGUUUGCAGGUUUCAUUUCAAAGACACGCUGAUAACAGUGUUACUGAAUGCAUUGAGCUGUAAAAUGUCAUUAAGUACGAGAAACCCGAUGUAAAUGUGUUCUGUAAAUGUUCUUCCCGUGUACAUUUUUCUCACGAUAAAGUUCUCAGGUACUCUUUGUUUGCUUGAGCUGACACAUC